AUGUCGGAAAAGCGUCUGGGAUCCUCGCAUGUCUCUCCUCCGAUCGUAUAUCACCUUCCGCCCUCCUCCUCGUCGGUUCAAUUGAAGGUUUCAUCGGUUAUGGCGUCCAAUGGAUCGUCGUUAGCCAGAAAAUCUAACCUCUUCCUUACUGGCAGUAAUAGAGAUUCAUGCAUUCGUCAAAUAGAGAUUCGUCGAACAGAGAUUCAUGCAUUCGAAGAACAGAGCACCGAGACAGUGACAGUGGAUGAGAAGUUAAGGGAAUCGUCCAAGGUGGUGGAAAAGACGCCGCCGGUGAUCGGAGAAGAACACACGGUGUUUGCAAACCGUCGAUUUUGGAUUUUGUUCGUAUCGUUUCUGUGUGGGGUAGGAACGGGGCUUGCAGUCCAUAACAAUAUGGGUCAAAUGGAUCUGCCUUUCGGGUAUGCUGACGUGGCAAUAUUUGUAUUUGGGGCUUUUCAGUCGGAUCGGAUCCGGGUCGGUGUGGGAGUAUUUCAUCAGGGCCAAGAUUUCAGACGUUGGCAAAAGAAGAUGCACUUCUGAUUUAUUAAUAAUUAUCAGAAGGUUGGAAAACCAAGACCUCUAUGGAAUGCAACAUCCCAGAUUUUAAUGGCGGUAGGCUAUGUUCUUAUGGCUAUAGCCAUGCCCGGGUCACUCUGCAUCGGCUCGAUCUUGGUCAGGAUAUACUACGGGGUGUGGUUAGCCAUCACGGUCCCAACUGCCUCCGAACUAUUUGGCCUGAAAUGUUAUGCUCUCAUUUACAACAUCCUCAUCCUAAACUUCUCACUCGGUUCCUUCUUGUUCUCCGGUCUACUCGCCGGAUUCUUGUAUGACACAGAGACCACUGCCACCGCGAGAGGUGGCAACAGUUGCAUUGGCCCACACUGUUAUCGCCUUGUGUUAAUAGUGAUGGCGUUUGUGUGUGUGAUUGGGUUUAUGUUGGAUGUGUGGUUGACGGUUAGAACGAAGGAUUUGUGUUCGAGAAUUUAG